AGCCAAUGAGAAUGUAGCCAGGGGUGUUCCCCGUCUGGCGCCCGGGCUGCGGGUCGUCUCCGGGAGGGCUCGGGCGGGUCGGCCCUGAGAACGUGGUAAGCCCUCUAGCCCGAGCCCCCUGAAAAACCAGUCUCUAGGGGAGUCAGCGCAGGACUCUGUCGCAAGCAUGGGGGAGUCCAAGAUGGAGGAAUCUUUGAGAGGCAGAUUGUAUUUAUUUAUUUACUCAUAAGAGACAGAGAGAGAGAGAGGCAGAGGGAGAAGCAGGCUCCCCGCUGAGCAGGGAGCCCGAUGCGGGACUCGAUCCGAGGACCCUGGGAUCAUGACCUGAGCCGAAGGCAGAUGCUUAACCCUCUGAGCCACCCAGGUGCCCUCUUUCCAUCUUUCUGUGGAACCAAAAGCCUCGGUAAUUUUUCCUCUGGCCCUCUGAACAGAGUUACAGUUUGGGUGUGAAACCGCUGUGGCAGCCCAACUUAGAGAAACUUGACACAGUUGGAAUGGUUCCAGUAACCUCCCUUGCAAAAGGCUUCGUGUUCACGGAAUUUCCUUUGUGAAAACCACAAGCAAAGUGUCAGAGUUUUCCAUUCAGAUCAACAACUUCAAAUUCUUAGCAUGGAACAUUCAGAGAAGACCGAAGUGGUUCUCCUUGCUUGUGGUUCCUUUAAUCCUAUCACCAACAUGCAUCUCCGGCUAUUUGAGCUGGCUAGGGACUACAUGAAUGAAACAGGAAAAUACAGAGUUAUCAAAGGCAUAAUCUCUCCUGUUGGCGAUGCAUAUAAGAAGAAAGGACUCAUCUCUGCCCGCCACCGAGUUAUCAUGGCAGAACUCGCCACCAAGAAUUCAGAAUGGGUGGAAGUUGACACCUGGGAAAGUCUUCAGAAGGAAUGGGUAGAGACCGUUAAGGUGCUAAGACACCAUCAGGAGAAACUGGAGGCUGGGAGCUGUGACCACCAGCAGGACUCACCUACACCAGGAAGGCCUGGACAGAAAAGGAAGUGGGUGGAACAAAGACAAGAUUUUAGUCAAAAGAAAUUGCUAGAGCCAAAACCAAAAGUUGUGCCAGAGGUAAAGCUGCUGUGUGGGGCAGAUUUAUUGGAGUCCUUUGCUGUUCCCAAUCUGUGGAAGAGUGAGGAUAUUACCCAAAUUGUGGGAGACUAUGGGCUCAUAUGUAUUACUCGGGCUGGAAAUGAUGCUCAGAAAUUCAUCUAUGAAUCUGAUGCACUGUGGAAACACCGGAACAACAUUCACCUGGUAAAUGAAUGGAUCACCAAUGACAUCUCAUCCACAAAGAUCCGGCGAGCCCUCAGAAGGGGCCAGAGCAUUCGCUACUUGGUACCAGACCUUGUCCAAGAAUAUAUCGAAAAGCAUGAUCUGUAUAGCUAUGAGAGUGAGGAGAAGAAUGUCGGGGUCAUCCUGGCUCCUUUGCAGAGGAAAGUUGCGGACGCUAACUCAUAAAUCCUACAGAAUGAUAUUUUGGAUUUCCAGUUUGGGAAUUUGAAACAGUCUGGGUGUUAGUAACUGGGAAGAGAAAUUGUGAUUCUGUUUCAUAAACUAAAGCUUCUUAAAAGUUUGGUAAAAAUCAGAAGUAGAUUAAAAUCAGGUUUAUCAUUUUAUUGGAAAUUGCUAAGAUGAAUGUUUUCAAUAUGGUCUUUUUUCUUUUUUUUCUUUUUUAAAGAAUGUACAAAUCCUUGAAUCUUUAAAAUGGGAUUAACGGCACUAAAAUCAGAAGACAUUCAGUUUAACUACAAAUAAGAAGUCAAAAAGGACAUUUUGGUUUUAUCACAUAAGAGGAACAAAGUGGGAAAAACAAGAGUCCAUUUAAAAUGCUAACUUUAGGGGUGCCUGGGUGGCUCAGUUGGUUAAGCAUCCAACUCUUGGCUUCGGCUCAGGUUGCGAUCUCGCAGUCAUGGGAUUGAGCCCCGUAUCAGGCUCUGCAUUCAGCGUGGAGUCGGCUUCAGAUUCUCUCUCCCUCUCCCUUCCUGCUCACUCUCUUUCUCAAGUAAAUAAAUAAAUAAAAUCUUAAAAAAGAAACUA